AUGGCGGCGCUGCGCGUCCCGCUCCACGCCAUCCUCUCCCGCGCGGGCCCUUCGUCCGCGCGCCUGCUCCUCCCGCUCCACGCGCACCUGGUCGUGUCGGGCCGCCUCGCCGCGUCCCCCGCCGUGAUCACGUCCCUCGUCUCCCUCUACGCUCGCGGCCCGGCCGCGCUGCACCCGGCCGUCCCGCUCCUCCUCCCGGCCUCCGCGCCGCCCCCGCUGCCCUGCUUCAACGCCGCGCUCUCCCUGCCGCACGCGCUCGCGCUCCCGCUCUUCCGCCGCCUCCUCGCCGCGCACUCCCCCGACGCCUUCUCCUUCCCGCCCCUCUUCGCCUCGGCCCCCGCCUCGCCGAACCUGCUCGCGCUCCAUGCCCUCGCGCUCCGCUUCGGCCUCGCACACGACCUGUUCUGCGCCAGCGCUCUGCUCCGUGCGGGUGCCUGA